AUGUCACUUCCGAGAUGGGUGGAAUCACUAUUUGAUUCAAGGUAUCAAAGACUAGGAACAAAUGAUGAUGCUUCUACAAAUAAUAAUAAUAAUCAGCAGCAAGAUCAACAACUACCUGGAACAUUUCCUAAUGAAUCAUUACAACAACAAGAAAUGAGAAGAGGAAAUUCUUAUAAUUCACAAUCACUAAAUGAAUUUGCUUCAGCCUUAUUAAAAUGGGUCAAUUACUUACUAAUACAACCAAUUAUAAUAUCACUAAUAAUUAUAUUUCGAAUAGUUUCUAAAAUAUUGAAUUCUUUAUAUUUCAAGAAUUUAAAUGCAUCACCUUCACCGAAUGAUUUAGUUGAUCCAAUUGAUAAAGUAAAUAAAUUUGUAAGAAAUUUGGAAGAUAAUAUCCAACCAAGAAUAACCAACUUAAUGGAUUCACCAUCACCUACUUCCAUCACAUCAAAUCAUUCACAAUUACCACCAUUUUAUGAAGGUAGUUACACGCAAGCUUUAUAUAUGGCAACUCAUAGAGCUAAAUUUUUAUUUGUUUAUUUAACUAAUCCACAAAAUGAGAACUCAUCUUUCAUAUUUAAUGAAAUUAUUUUGAAUCCAGAAUUCAAUAAAUUAUUUUAUUCAUCUUCAAAUAAUAAUAAUAUAAUAAUAUGGGGUGGAGAUUUAACUAAUCCUGAAGCUUAUCAAUUAGCUAACAGUUUAAAUGUUACAAAAUUUCCAUUUUUAGGACUUUUAUGUUUAACAAGAACUACAAAAAUGACACCAGAUGGUCCCAAGAAGGAUCCUGCUAAGAUUUCAUUAAUUGCAAAAUUACAAGGUGGUAAUAUAAAAUCAUCAACAAAUGGAACGAAUAGUGAAGAAGAUGCAAGGAUAAUAAUCAAAAACAAAUUUCUCAAAAAGAUUGAAAAGUAUGAACCAGAACUAAAAAUAAUAAGACAAGAAUAUCAAGAUCAAUAUAUGACUGAAAUUUUGAAAAAACAACAAGAAUAUAACUACUUAUUGUCAUUACAAAAGGAUAUACAAAAGAAGAACGCCAAACAAAAGGAAAAACAAAUCAAUGAAUUUUUAAAAACAAAGUUACCUUAUUUUCAAAGUUUUCAAAUUCAACCAACUACUAACAGUAAAGAUUAUGCCAAAAUUGUUUUAAAGUUUUCCGAUUCAACUAGGAAGACAGUAUUUUUUCCUAAAAAUAUAAAAGUAAAAAAUAUAUACACAUAUCUUGAAGUGUUGAAAAGAAAGAUGUUGGAUGAUUCAUCCAAAAACAAAAUACAAAAUAUUGAUGAAUUUGAUGAUGAUGAAGACAUUGAUAUUGAUUAUAGAUUUAAAAUUUCAUCGCCUUUACCUCCAAGAAUUGAUUUAAGUACGAAAAAAGAUGAGUUUAUUGAAAACGUUGAUAUCAUAUACCCCAAUGGUUUAUUGUUAGUUGAAGAUAUAUAG